UAAGCAAAGUGAGCUUUCCCAAUAUGUGUGAUCUAUAUUUUCAACAGUAAUAAAUACCGCAGUUGUGUACUAGUCUUCGUUCCUACCCCCUGAGACAAAAAAGCUCCAAAACCUCUGAUUUUUUUUAAUUUAAUCCGCUACAGAUUUCCCCUCCAAUCCGCCCCCAAUUCGACCGCUCCCUCACCGAUCCCGCCGCCGCUCUCCCCGUCGCCGAUAACGGACAGCGGAAAUGGAGAGUGGAAGCGUUCUGGAAACCAUCGGCCAAGAGAUAAUCGGCGUGAUGGCGCCUGUCUCCGUCUGCAUGCUUCUCGUCGUCCUCCUCGUCUACACUGUCUACAACCCCUCCUCCUCCGCCGCCGCCACCACCAUCCGCACCGCCGCCAAUUUGGUCUACAUGGAGUCCCCGACCGAUUCCACCGCGCAGAAGCUCGAGGGAGCCAUCCUCAACGCCGUUGUUUUCAUCGUCAUCAUAACUCUAGUCACCUUCCUCCUAGUCCUCCUCUACUACUACCGCUUCAACAAUUUCCUCCUCUACUACACCCGCUUCUCCGUGUUCCUGAUCUUCUCCGCCAUGGGCAGCUCGAUUCUGAUCUCCAUCGUCCAGAGAUUCAACAUCCCCAUCGACGCCGCCACGUUCUACGUUUUGCUGUUCAAUUUCACCGUAUUGGGCACGAUCUCCGUGUUCUCGGAUGGGAUUCCUAUAAUUGUGAAGCAGAGCACUAUGGUGGUGUUGGGGAUUAUUGUGGCGGCGUGGUUUUCGCGGCUGCCGGAGUGGACGACGUGGAUUGUGUUGGUGGCGCUGGCAUUGUACGAUUUGGCCGCCGUCUUGGCGCCAGGCGGGCCGCUGAAGUUACUGGUAGAGCUUGCAUCUAGCCGGGAAGAGGAAUUGCCUGCAUUGGUCUACGAGUGUAGACCAAAUGUAGGGAGGAAUUCUGGAGCUAGGGUUUCAAAUUUGGGGUUUUUGGUAGCAGCAGGGGUUGGUAUGAGUAGUGAUAACAACACUAGUAAUAGUGAUAACUCUAAUGGCUCGGUAGAGUUACAAGAAUUAUUGAGGAAUGGGGAUAGGAACGACACUGCAAUUGAGAGAGAGCAUUUGGUGAUUGGUGUUGAUGAAGAUGAUAGGAGUAGUGGAGGUGAGAUUGAGGAGGUGAGAGAAGAAGCAGGAGAGAUGGCAGCGUUGAUGGGAGAUGGCGAUUCAAUUGAAAGGCGGUCUCAUCCAAAUGGUAGAUUGUGGCGAGGAAGUGAGAGACAAGGGAUUGAAAUGGAGGACUUGAAUCCGAGAGGGAUAAAGCUGGGUAUGGGGGAUUUCAUCUUCUACAGCGUGCUUGUGGGAAGGGCGGCAAUGUAUGAUCUGAUGACUGUAUAUGCUUGUUAUCUCGCCAUCAUAUCAGGACUCGGAUGCACGCUCAUAUUGCUGGCUGUCUGUCGUCAUGCAUUGCCAGCACUUCCUAUUUCGAUUACUUUGGGGGUCGUAUUUUACUUCUUGACCAGGCUGUUCAUGGAGCCGUUCGUUGUUGGGGCUUCUACUAAUUUGAUCAUGUUCUGAUAACUUUUGCUGAUUUAAGGGGCAUAUGUAACAAUGAAUGCUUCCGCCCCAUUUCUUACACUUACGGAAAACUUCUUGCAAUCACAGGUCUGAUUUGUUCAUUGAUUCCUAAAAAAAUUGUUGAUAUGUUUGUCUUGAAAAUGCAAUCAGCGGAAAUUGUUCAUCA